GGCAGACCGAGCACUAGUAGGGUUAGGCCCACUUUCGCAACUAAUAUCAAUUUAAUAUGAUAUCAUUGGCUCCAAGACUACUCUCCAGCCGGGAUGCCAACCUUAUAAAUCUCGACUACCGCUUCAAAUCGUUGCACUCCACCAACUCUUUGCCAAACCUCGUAGUCUUCAUCGAUAUACUCUAGGGCCUCAUACUAGACGUCGCAUACUGUUCGAAUUAGCUUGCAUUUGUUGCACACCAAAGCCCGUAGGCGUUCAGAACUGGCUGCCUCAAGCAGCAUACAACUCAAGAUGGACGUAGAGAUAUCUCUCCAGCUUCUUGUGGCAGCCUUAUUGAUUUUUGUACUCUCUAUCAUUUAUUUGCGCCGCGCCUUGACGACUUCGAAGUCUACGUAUCGACCUAUUCCUGUUCAGCGACCUAAUAUACGCCCAACAACCAUUGUGGAUCUUCGUGUGUAUCCCGUUAAGUCAUGCCGUGGGUUCUCAGUCAAAUCAACGAACCUUCUCCAGUCCGGUCUCGAGCUUGAUCGACAGUGGAUGUUCGUGUCUUGGGAUAUGAAACAGAGCAAAUACAAGUUCAUUACCAUUAGGGGCGAUAGCAAGAUGACCUUAAUUAACACUUCGUUAGACGAUAAAACAGAUGAACUCGUACUUACUGUGGACGACCCCGCUAUCCGCAUUGCAGUGCCAGCAUACCCGACAGAGGAGUGGCUUCGAAGGAAUACAGAGCGCGUCGAAGCCGAGAUCUGGGGCAGGAGUACUGAGACCCGCAUGUUCUCCGAGAAGCUUACAGAGGAGAUCUCGUUAUUUUUGGGCAAAGAUGUGAGAUUGGCCUACAAAGGGACGCACACAGCACCUCGGUUCCUUCGUGGAAACGGAGCUCCUCAGUUUCUCGGGCGACAACAAAGUCUCGGGUUUGCCGAUAUGAUGCCCAUUCUUGUGACCACUCUAGCUAGCUGGUCUGAAUUACAUUCACGGCUUAAAGUCACCGGAAACAUUGGUGAUGACUGGACUAUUGAGCGAUUCAGACCCAACAUCAUCCUUCAAGGGAAUAUACCAUGGGAAGAGGACACAUGGAAGAUGCUCCGUAUAUACAGCAAGGCUCAUACGGAAACAGACGCGAAGUCCAGGGAGGUAGAUCCAGCCGCCACUGGACGAUCGUUCAUAUUGGACGUCCCCUCUCGAUGCCUGCGAUGCCAGGUCCCAAAUGUCGACCCGAAUACGGCUCAGAAGAACAAGGAACAGCCGUGGAAUACGCUCAUCAAGUAUAGAAAUAUUGAUGGGGGCAAUAAGCACAAGCCGGCAUUUGGCAUGUUGUGUUGUCCGAGAAAUGAGGGUAGGGUUGAAGUUGGGAUGCAAUUGGAAGUACUCGACACGGUGAAUGACCACUUCUUUCUGAGUCCUAUGAAGGCUUGAGUUUUCAUAUAUCUAGCCUGUAGGGGUUCUGAUGAAGGCAUAGUAGACAAUACUCUGUUGCGUGGGAAUUGAAUGCGUUAACUGGUCUAGCUAGGAUGAUGCAUAAUGCCUCACACCUGGGUCAAGACUGGAAAAACGAUGACCUUAUAUCAGUGUCAGAUGUACCCUUUAUUCAAUGGUCUUGAUUCUAGAGUAUGUAGGACGUUAGUUGAAUCGUUUAACUAUGCCUAAUUUGUCGUCCGCAUCGAGCC